GUUAGUAGCAGUAGCCGCCCCUGCUAGUGCCUUGCACCAUAAGUUGUAGAACCAGAUAGUCUUUACUCUUUAGUUUGAAAAUGUCUUUAGGUUGUAGCCAAGUCGUAUAAAUGUGUAAGGUAAUCGUUCAGUUGACGGGGCGGUAUCGUUUAAUUUAAGGCGCAACAAGAUAGAAUAACCCAGGUUAGCAAGUUGUCUAGCUAAGUAACGUUAGCUAAAAGGAGAAUUUUCACUCGCAGGUCAUGAUAAAAACGACUGUGAUAACUGCAGAAGAAGAUAAAUAGUUCACCAGCGAACUGCAGUGAAAUGAUAUCGUUGAAGUAGUUUAAUAUAUGGUCAAAUGAUACGUGUAGAUGGGGACUCUACUACUUUGUGCAGUGUUACUUUCCCCUUGCUGGGUAAACUGUGUAACAAGCCCUACCUUGCUUCGGGAGGAGCGUUUAAACGAAGAUGACAAGGAAUUUGGUGUGCUCCGCUCCCUACUGGCUGACUUUGAGGUUCUCCCACUCAUCAGCUUACAGAGGCACUCGCUGAAGAGGAGGGACACAGCCCCACACUCGCAUGUGGAGCGACUGGUCAGCUUCUCUGCGCUGAAGAGGAAUUUUCAGCUUUACUUGACAACAAAUACGGACCUCUUUAGCGAGAAUUUCAAAGCAAUCUUUGUCAACGAUCAAGGAAAUGAGGAGCAGUAUGAAGUUCAGAUGGAGAAGUACUUCAAAGGCCAUGUCGUAGGAGAGGAGCACUCUCGUGUGCAGGCACAUAUGGAUGGGGACGAGUUCUCUGCUCACAUCCUCACAGAUGAAGCAGAGUACAACGUGGAGCCUCUGUGGCGGUUUAUCGAGACGGCCUCUGAUGGCCGGCUGCUGGUGUACCGGUCCGAGGACAUCAAGAACAUCAGCCGGCUGGCCUCCCCCAAAGUGUGUGGUUACGUCAACACCGAGGCCCAGGACCUCCUUCCAGAACAAGCCAGAGUGACCGGAAGAGAGGAGGGGGACAAGGGUGAGUGGACAGAACCCCUUCAUAGGGAGAAGAGGGCCGCGGCCCACGACCACAAGAAGAACACCUGUCCCCUGCUGCUGGUGGCGGACUACCGCUUCUUCAGACACAUGGGUCGCGGAGAAGAGAGCACCACCCUCAACUACCUGAUUGAGCUGAUUGACAGAGUGGACGACAUCUACAGGAACACCUCUUGGGACGAUGAGUUCAAAGGUUACGGGGUUCAGAUCCACCAGAUUAUCAUUCACAAAGAGCCCACGCAGGUAUCCAGUGGUGGAGCUCACUACAACAUGGAGGGCAGCCCCAGCCGCCUAACGCCCAAAGGCCGCCAAGAAGUGAAGGUGUGGGACGUCAAGAAGCUCCUGGAGCAAUUCAGCUCAGAUAUUGCAGACAACGCCUCCACCGUGUGUCUGGCUCACCUGUUCACAUACCAGGACUUUGAUGAGGGCACACUGGGACUGGCUUACGUGGCCCCGUCCAAACCUCACGCCCUUGGGGGUCUCUGCCCAAAACCGUACUAUCCAUCUGCCUCUGCAAAGAAGGCUAGUUACCUCAACACUGGUUUAACCAGCACAAAAAACUAUGGAAAAACCAUUCUUACCAAGGAAGCGGACCUGGUUACCACACACGAGCUAGGCCACAACUUUGGUGCGGAGCACGACCCAGACAACAUUGCCCACUGUGCCCCUAGUGAUGACCACGGAGGGAAGUUCGUCAUGUACCCCAUAGCUGUGAGUGGGGACCACUACAACAACAAGCGCUUCUCCAACUGCAGUAAGACGUCCGUCAGCAAGACGCUGAGCUUCAAGGCUCCGUUGUGCUUCCGGGUGAGGAACAGUAAGCUGUGCGGGAACUCCCGUGUGGAGGAGGGCGAAGAGUGUGACCCGGGCCUCCUGCAUCGCUACGAGGACCCCUGCUGCACCUCCAACUGCAAGUUCCGACCUGAGGCCCAGUGCAGUGACCGCAAUAGCCCAUGCUGCAAAAACUGUGCGUUUGAGCAGCCAGAGAAGACGUGCCAGGAGCCCAUCACUGCUACCUGCAAGGGCCUUUCCAAAUGCACAGGCACCAACAGCGAGUGCCCGGCCCCCGGCAACCUGCCGGACGAGACGGUGUGCGUGGACAUGGGCCGAUGCCGCGGAGGGGACUGUGUUCCGUUCUGUGAGGCCCUGCACAACCUGGAGUCCUGCGCCUGCAACGAGACGUAUGACUCAUGCAAAGUGUGCUGCAAGAAUGCAGAUGGCCUCUGCACACCGUUCACGUUAGAGAGCGGCAACUUCCUGUUCCUGCGGAAGGGCAAGCCCUGCACCGUAGGCUUCUGCGACGAGGGGGGAAAAUGCAUGAAGCAGGUGCAGGAUGUCAUUGAGAGGCUUUGGGACUUCAUCGACAAGCUUGACAUCAACACUUUUGGGAAGUUCCUAGCGGACAACAUCGUGGGCUCCGUGGUGGUAUUCUCCCUCGUCUUCUGGAUUCCCCUCAGCAUCCUGGUGCACUGCGUGGACAAGAACCUGGACAGGCAGUAUGAGAACAGCAAGUCCAUCAUGUACCCCAGUCAGAUGGUGGUGGAGGUGUGUAGUAAAGCGCUGGCCUCAGACCGCCGAGAUGCUGAACAACCUGGAGUCGGCGCCCGUGCGCAUAAUCAAGCCCCCGGCGGCACCCUUGUUCUCAGCGGCCCAGGCCUCGGGAUCGGGCCCCGGCUCCAGCAGCAGCAGCAGCACCAGCGGGCCCUCGGGCCCCCAUCCUCCUCGGCCGGAGCAGGCGCCAGCGGAGGCAACGGCCGCCCCAGGCCCUGCCCCGGCCUCCGCCGGACCCAGAGCGGAUCAGCCGCGCAUGGCCACCAUCCAGGAGGACACCAGCAGCAGCGGCUCGCUGCCGCCGCCGGACGACGAGCUUCCGGAGGGGGCCGUCUUCCCCCUGCCAAGCGGCCCUCCGUCCACCGCACGCUCCUUCCAGGACCUGAGCGAGCAGCAGGGGGCGGCCUCGUCGCCCGGCCGGAGGCGCCUCAAGAGGCAGGCCUGCGUCGACAAUAAGGAGACCGAGUGCUGAAGGUGGAGGGGGGUUCGCUCAAGCACACGCCCAAACCUAUAUAUAUAUUUGUAUGAAAUAUUACUGUAUAUACUGCACACAGAAAAGGUAAUACACACUGUAUACUUCUGCACAGCCACGGUCCUAUGGGCAAAGAGGAAAUGGAGAGAGAUCAGGCAGUUGUGGGGAAAGAGUGCAUUUGCAACUGCCCAUGUGUCUGACGAUGGUCGAUAGUAGUCAUAGUCGAUGAAUAGUCAAAAUACAAGCAUUAGGUGCUUAAAGUAGUUAAUGGAUGCCAGUGGCUGCUUGCUUAGACAAUUUCUGUGGUGUAUGUUUGAGAACUGGAGGUCUGAAAGUGCCGUAUGUUGAGAAUCAUUUUUAUGUGUCGAAGUUUGAAGUCGGUUUAAGAGAAUGUGUAAGAGCUUGUCCUAACUGCAUUAUCCGACUUGUCACAUACCACUAAAUGUUCUCUGUCCACACAGAAUCCGUUAAACAUGCUUCUCCGUCAUGUUUCUCGGUCAAUAUAGCAGACCAACGUGAGCGACAGAAAGAAAAUAGAAACAGGACGUCCGACAAAAGUUCUGCUCAAAACACACUGCACAGCACUGCACCACUCCGUGAAAGCAUUCUAAUGGAAAACAAACUAAUCACAAACAAACUAAGACGCAGUGUGAGUGAUCAUAUUCCCUUUACCUUCUGCAAUCAGGAGACGUGUGGUCUCUAGAUCUGCCUGUUUAUGAUCCUAAAAGCCAUUCAAUCAUGCAGAAAGGUUUUCUACACAAACACAAAGCACUAGAUCUUCUUACUGUGCAUGUCAGGUAUACAUCAAUAAACAAAAUAAGAGCUUUUUUACUUAAGUUUACUUAAGUUGCCAGCAAUUUUGCACUCUAAACCAGGGACCCUUGAGAUCUGUACUAUGAUGGUCACUUGGAAUCGUGACUAUUGCAUCCAUAUUUAAAUGCUGUUUAGUCAUUCUGAUUGCCGAAAAUAUUAUGGUUCACAUUACUGGCAUGCAUGUGUCAUUAUGCCACUAAAGUAUUUUUAGUAGGUUAUGAAUGACACCAGAUAGCCUCAUAGAAACAUAGAAAACUUUUGUUAUGGCCUGCUGCCCUAAUUUAAAUAAGAUGAAUAAUUCUAUACUAAUUGUUACUAUUUUACAUAUUAUGUCUGCAUUAUCAUUGUUAGUCUCAAUGUACUUACUGUAAGAUGUGCCUUUACAUUUAUUUCUGUUAUUAAUAUUGAGGUUUUUCUCUAGUUGUUUUAUUCAGUAUUUGGUGUAACAAAAAAUACAUUACUUGGUUUUGAAAUAAAUAUAUCUAAUGAUGAGUUUUUCUCAUCCUACAUAUAUUACAUCAGCUGGGCCCUCUCCUGCUGACUGAUGUGCCAUGAAACAUAUCCUGUCCUUCACCUGUGGAAAAAACAUCUUUUUAUUUUAAUGUUUUUUUUUUGUUUGUUUUUUACUUGUGUGUGUUUAUGUUCAGUUGGUAAAUGUUGAUUUACAAUUGACUGAUAAUGAGUAAGACUGUAGACCUUGGGGUGAAAAGUCUUUGCGGGAAUGUGUGGUUCUUCUUCAACCUCAAGGAGAAAGAUUAGAAAUGUGUGUGUGUGUUAAGCUGUCUGUUACAUUUGACCACUGUCAUGAUGAGCACCUGAAUUAAUAAAUUGAAAUUGCCUCAGUGAUGUUAUGUAUUCAAAAUUCAAA